GUGCCACCGGGUUACGUGUACCAGUCGCCUUACCUGGCGGCUGCGGCGCCAGGUGGUUUGGUACCGCUUCCGGCGACACAGUUGACCCAUGCAGCAGCGAUGGCAGCAGCGUCUCAAUUUUACGAGUACCAAAACGUCGCGGCAGCGGCCGCCACGUAUCCGGGGACAUCGUACAAUUUCGCCGAGGCGUAUCCUUAUACCAGCGCCGCUGCGGCUGGUAUGUGUUUGAAAAGUGUCCAGAGCAAGGACAGCAACGGGCUGAUACACCACCACCAGCAGCACAAUGGUAGCAGCCCUGCGGUGCUGGCACACCAACGAUUGGAGAAAGCUCUCCUGCCGCCCUUUCUGCCGUCCGUGCUACGUAGCAACGCGAACGCAGCGGCGGCAAGUUACGUGACACCGUAUACGUAUGCAACGCUACCAGGUGCAGCGGCAGGAUUACCAGCAGCAGCGGCUGCAGCUGCAACAGCGGCGGGCGCUGCCUUCCCAGGACUACCGUAUCAAACGACGCCUCAGGAAGCAAGAUUGCAA